GCAUUACGAAAUUGCUCUAAACCAAUAAUAGUCAGAGCUCGGCAGAGAAAGAGGGAGGACAAAACAAAACAGCCGCUUUAAAAUCAACACGUUAAUUAAAACAGGGGUAACGGGGUACGCCGAAAUGGAUGAAGAGGUUAGAGAUCCCGUGUUGCAACAAGCAGAGCAGAGUACCUAGUGGUCUAAGAGGAGACUGCAGCGCACACAUCUAUCCAUGGAAGAAGGCAGAUCCAUCAAAAUCCAGGCUUUGGGGGACCCUUAUGGCAAUGAAGCUAAAUGAGCGCUGCGUGGCACAUUAUGCCACUUGCGACUCUCCGGCAGACCACACGGGCUUUCUGUGCAAGCGUGUGGAGCGCCGCCACCACCACCAUCACACCAGUUCCUACCACCGCUGCUGGUUCAUCCUCAAAGGCAACUUGCUUUUCUACUUCGAGGAGCAGCAGAGCCGUGAACCCCUAGGUCUCAUUGUGCUGGAGGGCUGCACAGUGGAGCUAUGUGAGGCUGCCGAGGAGUUUGCCUUCGCCAUCCGCUUCGAUGGCAGCAGUGGCAAGGCCUAUGUGUUGGUUGCCGACUGCCAGGCUGCGAUGGAGGUUUGGGUGAAGGCCCUUUCCAGGGCCAGCUUUGAUUACAUGAGGCUAGUGGUUAAAGAACUAGAGAAGCAGCUGGAGGAAGCGCGGAAGAGCUUGGUCGCCUGUCACAAAUCUCCAAAGAGACCUUCCUCUGGCUGGAAGCGACAUCUUUCCAAUUCCACAACAGUACCCCUCCAAGAGCACCCUGUCAUCUCAGAAAAUGGGUACUCCACAUGGGUCAAUGGUUGCACUGUUGCAGGAGCUGUUUUGGACCAUGAUGGGGGGUAUCUGAAACCUCCGCCUUUACCCCCUCGCCGAAGACCAGCUUGCAGCAGUGCAGGUGGAAUGCUUGCUCCAGGCAUUGGUUCUGCUGUGCAGGAAAGCCCGGUGUCUCCAGAGACAGCCUGUUUCUCAAAGUUGCACGAUUGGUACGGUCAGGAGAUAGCAGAGGCGAGGAUGGAAUGGCUGCAAAGCCAGAAUGUAUUGUGAACGUAUUGAGGAAAGUAUUUUGGGGUGUGGGGAAGAGGGAGGAAGGAAAGAGAAAAAUAGGCACAAAACAAGUUUUCACAGACCUCUUGGUGCACUUGUGGAUUUGCUCCUGGCCAACAAAAUUGCCAAAGAACCUAUAUUGCUUUCUGGAAUAGUGUAUUGCAAAUAUAUGUAUGUUCUAGGUUACUCUCAAAAUUUAGUAUCAACAUGGGGAUCUUGAAAUGCCCAGAAUACAGUGGUGCCUCGCAAGACAAAAUUAAUUCAUGCCACGAGUUGCUUCAUCUAGCGAUAAUUUCGCCUUGCGAAGCACGGGUUGCCACGGCAAAAAACAACAACAAACAAACAAACUGCCGAAAGCUUCGUCUUGCGAAGCGCAGCCAUUGAAAACUUUGUCUUGCGAGUCACCAAAAACAUCGCAAGACGCUUUCGUCUAGCGAGUUUUUCGUUGCGCGAGGCAUUAGUCUUGCGAGGUACCACUGUAUCUCUAAAAAUUAACCAUGCACCAUCUGUAUCUCAAGCAGUGUUAGCAAAAGGCUAUGGCGCACUUCUUUCACUACUUCUUUCGCAAUGUGGCUGUAAAGCUCAAGAUGGCACUCUCAUGUUUCAAGUGGCUUCUUGACACAUGAAAGGAAUCUGAAUUUCUAUUGAACCAUACAAUUCAAUUAAUGACAUUCAAUCUAUAUAUUCCAGUUGCUUUGAGCCUUCUGUUAGACUAAUAAUAAUCAUUUAUACAGCACAUUUCAAAUAUUCAAUAAUCUUCACAUAGAUUACAUAAAGAUUACUGACAACAAUCUGAAAAGGUAGGCUAGUAUAUUUAUCGCCAUAUGGAAGGCAAAGCAAAUUGCCUAAACCCACCUCUUGCCAAGGUGAAAUUUGAUACAGUAGUUUCACACUCUUAGUCACAGUGUUGCCUUAGAGUAGACAUUACAAAAUGCUUCCAAGAUCCAUAGCUAAGGAAUCUCGCUUUUAGAGCUUUCGCUACAUUUUGAGUCAGUAUUUGAAGAUAACCUCUUCAAGAGGCAACAUGAUCUAGAUCUGAGUAAGUGAACCAACAAAUUAGGGACAGUUUCUCCCACAUAUGUGACCAUUUAAUUACACGAAAUGCCAGCAGUGAGCAGAGCAGAUGUUAGCAUUGUACUGUAGUCUAGUUUCUACAUGCACUUGUACAUAUCUUUCUAUCCUCCAACUAGACAAGCAAGAAGCAUUAUUGGAGUUCAAGAACCUGCUCUAGCCAGGUAAAAACAAUCA